CAUUGGAAAGACACAAAAAAGCAUGGAAGAUUACAACUCAUCAUUACAAUCUAAACAAAAAGCUCUUAAAAUCAGGUUAAAGCUAUUUGGAGAAGAUCAUCCCGCAACAGCUGAAAGUUAUGAAAGCAUUGGAAACACACAAAAUAGCAUGGAAGAUUACAAAUCAUCAUUGGGGUCGAAACAAAAAGCUCUUAAAAUCCGGUUAAAGCUAUUUGGAGAAAAUCUUGCCACAGCUAAUAAUUAUCUUACAAUUUCUCUCACACAACUUGGACUAAAUGAUUUCAUGUCAGCAUUAGAGUCUCUUCAAACAGCUCUUAAAAUCAGGUUAAAAUUUUCUGGAGAAGAUCAUCCUGAAACAGCUAAUAUUUAUGUAAUCAUGGGAAUGUUGCAACAUUUUAUGAAAGAUUACCAGUCAUCAUUGGAAUCGAGGCAAAAAGCUCUUAAGAUUAGGUUAAAGUUAUUAGGAGAAGACCAUCCCGCUUCAGCUCACAGUUAUGAAAGCAUUGGAAAGACACAAAAUAGCAUGGGAGAUUACAAGUCAUCAUUGGAGUCGAAAUUAAAAGCUCUUCAAAUCAGGUUAAAGCUAUUUGGAGAAGUCCAUCCCGCAACAGCUGACAGUUAUGAAAGCAUUGGAAAUACGCAACAUGAAAUGGGAGAUUACAAGCCAGCAUUGGAGUCGUUUCAAAAAUCUCUUGACAUUCAAUUAAAACGAAAUGAGGAAUAUUUUCUUGACAGUGGGGACGUUUGUGACAAUUUUGAAAUAACACAACAGGCAGUGAAAGAUUACAAGUCAACAUUAGAUUCGUAUCAACAAGCUCUUGAAAAGCUCUAUGUAGUAGAACAUUCUGAUAAGACUGAAAGUUUUCAAAACAUUGCAAUUCUAAAACUAGAGAUAGAACGCUUAAAGCUAUUGUUAGAAACUAGGCAUGAGACGCUUCAAAUGAGAUUAAGAUCUUUACGAAAGGGAAAUUCUGACACGAAUGACGGACGUCGAAGUAUUGGAGCUAUGCCAGAAAGCCCGAGAGAUAGCAAUUUGAUAUUAGGGUCAGGAGAAACAAAAAAAGAAGAAGAUGAAGUAAAUAUGUUUUUAAAACUUUGGCGUUUUCUAGAAAAAACUAAAAUAAAGUUUAAGAGUCUAUAUAAACCUUUAAAAGACAAAACCUUUAAAACGGGAUUCAAAAAUUGAAUACACUUAAUAUUACU